CUAAAAGAAAAAAACAUGAGUGAUUCUAAAGAAUUUAAAGAUGUAAGAGAGUCAAAAGAUCAUCGCGAGCCAGGUAUUGGUCCUGGUAGAAGGAAGACCGUAAGGAAGGGAAUGUUCUCUAGAGAUUUAAAGUUAUUAAUGUAUGGUUUUGGUGAUGUACCUAAUCCAGCAGCAGAUUCUAUUGCAGUACUAGAUGAUUUGGUUAUUGAUUAUAUCGUUGAAAUGUGUCAAAAGGCUUCAGCAGUAGCGGAACAUCGUAAUAAAGUUCGUGUCGAGGAUUUUAAGUUUAUUUUACGUAAGGAUGCGAAAAAGUUAGCUCGUGUAGAAGAAUUAUUAUAUAUGAGUGAAGAUAUUCGAAGAGCUAAGCAAGUAUUUGAUGAAAAGGAAAUGGAAGCAGCAGACGAUUUGUAAAUAGAUUUAAACGGUUCUUUGUACAUUAUUAUUAUUAUUUUUUUCAUUUUAUUUUUUUAC